CCCUCAGUCCAGCAGACCAUCAUCCAAUCAACAGCUGUCUCUCUGCAGUGCAGAGACGCACAGGCGCACUAGUGCGUCAUUUGGGAAUAAAACAGACGGCCCCCUCGACCAGGAUCUGACCCUCACUCCCAGAUCUCUGAUACUUUGAGAAUGAGAUGAUUAUCUGGAUUUUACAUUCUCUGGAAAUUGCCUGAACUUCCUGAGAGUCUGCAGUCUCAGCUUGGAUUUUUACUUUCUAACGGUGUUUCCACGGAGAUCGUUUGGGAACCCUCUGCUGUGGACGAAGUUUUCACUAACCCGUCAGUUUAAGGGGUUGCAGCAAAAAUGGGGAUUAUUUCAGGGUUCGUUUUUCUGUGCAUGCUCCAAGCUGCGGUCCCUCAAGGUCUGACCCCUCGUGGGCCCAGGCUGAUUCCUGGGAGAGGGGACGGCCCGGAUCCGACUCUACCUCCACCUGAGCCCACACCAAGACCUAAAGGUUGUGACACAGGAAUAAUCGACUGUCCCAUCAAGCUGUUCUUCACCAUCGACACCUCAGAAACCAUCGCCCUGCAGGAGUCGCCACCUGGUAUCCUGGUGGAAAACAUUAAAGAGUUCACCAAGAUCUUUGCCCAGAGGCUCGCCGAAGAGGAGUACAAGGGCCAGAUCCAGAUCAGCUGGUCCAUCGGAGGCCUGCAUUUCUCCCAGACACAGGAUGUCUUCAGCCAGUUCACCACCAGGGAGAACUUCAUCAGGAACCUAGGCGGGAUCAGUUACCUGGGAAAAGGCACCUACACCGACUGCGCCCUGAAAAACAUGACCUACCAGAUGACGCACCACUACUCAGGGUCGAAUGCCGUGCUCUUCUCCGUGGUCAUCACUGAUGGCCACGUGACAGGUAAUCCAUGCGGGGGCAUCAAGGAGAUGGCCGAGAAGGCCCGAGAGAAAAAGAUCCAUAUUUUCUCGGUGGCAGCAUCCAGGAACAUUGAUGAAGUUGGGAUGAGUGAGAUCGCGGACUCUCCCUCUGAACUUUACCGUGAUGACUACAUCGCUGUGGACAUUGUUGACGGGCGACCGAAGAUAAAGACUGAAUCCAUCGAUCGUAUCAUAAAAGUCAUGAAAUAUCAAGCAUAUUUACAGUGUUAUGAACCUAAAUGCAUGGAGACUCCUGGGAUCCAUGGACCAACAGGGCCUCAAGGUCCAAAAGGUGUAAAAGGAGACAGAGGUUAUGCUGGGCCAAAAGGGAGAAAAGGUCGACAGGGUGAUGCUGGCAUCGAGGGUCCAAUCGGACGACCUGGUCCAAAGGGAGAGAUUGGGUUGAUAGGUGAUAAGGGAGAAAUCGGAGCAAGUGGAGCAAAGGGCGUGGCAGGACUAUCUGGCAGGAAUGGAACGGACGGCCAAAAGGGUAAGAUGGGACGAAUUGGAGCUCCCGGUUGCAAAGGUGAUUCAGGCGAAAAGGGACCAGAUGGCUACGCUGGAGAAUUUGGUGACGCAGGGCCUCCUGGUGACGAGGGAGAAAGGGGAGACCUGGGCCGUCUUGGGAAGUCAGGCCCCCCUGGUCCUGAUGGUGAACCAGGACCAAAGGGUGAAGGAGGGAAUCCUGGACAUCCAGGGCCACCAGGAGCAAAUGGAACUCCGGGGCUUGAGGGCUCACCCGGACCUGAAGGCGAGGAGGGAAGAAGAGGAAACCCUGGAGCAAAGGGACUAUCAGGAACUGAUGGGCUUAGUGGAGAGAAGGGAGAACGAGGUCCGCAGGGAGGCAGAGGUCGGUCGGGGGAAGACGGACUGAAGGGCGCCAAGGGAGACCAAGGACUACAAGGGCCGAGGGGUCGUUCGGGAGAACCAGGGGCCACCGGAGCAAAUGGCACAAGGGGACAUCCAGGAGAUCCUGGACCAAGGGGGGACUCAGGAACCUCUGGACCAAAGGGAGACAUGGGAAGACAAGGAUUCAGCUAUCCUGGAGCUAGAGGACCCACUGGAGACCGAGGUGAUCUAGGGAACAAAGGACCCAGGGGAGGAAGAGGAGAAUGUGGCGCCAAAGGACAUCCUGGAAACAAAGGACUACACGGAGAGGCUGGAGAACCGGGUCAGACUGGUGAGCUAGGAGAGCGAGGACCCAGAGGAGAGCCAGGAACUGAUGGGGACCCAGGACCAAUGGGUGACCCUGGACUUACUGACUGUGAUGUCAUGACUUACAUCAGGGAGACGUGCGGUUGUUGUGACUGUGAGAAGCACUGUGGCGCUCUGGACAUUGUGUUUGUAAUCGAUAGCUCCGAGAGUGUUGGGAUGACAAACUUCACCAUGGAAAAGAACUUUGUUAUCAACACCAUCAACAGACUGGGCUCCAUGGCCAACGACCCUGCGUCACCGACCGGUACAAGAGUCGGAGUUGUACAGUUCAGUCACAACGGGACCUUUGAGGCCAUUCAUCUCGAUGACCCAAACAUAAACUCCAUGUCUGCCUUCAAAACUGCGGUGAAGAAUCUACAGUGGAUUGCUGGGGGAACCUUCACACCGUCCGCUCUCAAGUUUGCCUACGAUACCCUCAUCAAGGACAGCAAGAGAGCCAGAGCCAGAGUAUCUGUGGUGGUGAUCACAGAUGGCCGCUUUGACCCGCGUGACGAUGAGGAUCUGCUGAAUUACCUUUGUACUGAUGUUAAUGUGGUGGUGAAUGCCAUUGGAGUUGGUGACAUCUUUAAAAAAGGGCAGGAUAAUGAGAUCCUGGGGUCGAUAGCAUGCGGAAAGAAGGAACGGGUAACUGAGAUGAGUCAUUAUGUCGACUUGGUGGCUGAAUCCUUCAUCCAAACAAUGGAAACUGUGCUCUGUCCAGAGCCAGUCAUUGUGUGCCCUGAUCUCCCCUGCAAAAGUAAACCUGAAGUAGCCCAGUGUGUCGGACGGCCAGUAGAUUUGGUGUUUCUACUCGAUGGCUCAGAGCGCCUUGGGAUGGAGAACUUCCGGCAAGUUCGUGAAUUUGUGCAAAAAGUGUCAGAAAGACUAGGACUCGCCAAGGGCAAGGCUGAUCGUAUGCGAGCACGCUUGGCACUAAUGGAGUUCGGCAGGGAGAAUGAGAACCACAUGGCCUUCCCUCUCACGCACGACCCUGCCGUCAUCGCUGACGGCAUCGCACGCUUGCCUUAUCUGGAUUCUUCCUCAACCGUGGGGCCUGCCAUCAUCCACGCCAUCGACAACGUCUUGGGUAAAGGAAAUGCUCGCAAGACACGGCGAAAUGCAGAGGUUUCAUUUGUUUUCAUUACGGACGGCGUCACUGAAACCAACAACCUGGAGGAGGCGGUUAGUGCGAUGCGUGGGGCACAGGUCGUCUCCACAGUGAUAGCCACUGGAAGUGACGUUGACCAAAAAGUCCUAAUGAAGCUGGCUAUGGGUGACCAGGACGCCAUCUUUAAAGGAAAGGACUUCUCUGACGUGUCCAAAUCUGGGUUAUUUGACCGUUUUAUGCAGUGGGUAUGUUAAAGAAAGACCAUGCUCAGGUGACAUGAAUAUCAUGGCGGUGCUACUGCUGAUAAUCUAGCAUCUUAAAGAUGAGAUACGUUAACUAUGAUUCUACUAUGCACUGUACAAUUUCCAAAUGAUUCAACUGUAUUUAUCCCCAGUAUUUUGUUAUACAAAUACACAGUACGAGUUGAGCAUUUUUCAAAGGUUAAACUUUACUGAUCAAAGAUAAACUAAAUAAUCCAAAUAAAAAAGUUUGUUGGAUGCUGUCAGAAGAAGUGAUGACUUCUGUAACGUCAUCAAGUUUCCUAAUGCACAUAAAUCUUGACAUUUAAAGCA